AUGUCUACUGAAGCCGACAUGUUACGUCUAUCUGCUCGUCCGCGCAACACACGGUCGCAUUCCCUCAAACCACAAAGCCAGCCCAUGAUGCAGUUCAAGCAACGAUCCAAACGUACAAUGAGCUUGCCAUCGAAACCUGUGCUACUACCGCUGAUUAACAUACAGCGUUGUCAAGACAACUGGAAGGACGAAAGUGAUGAAGAUGAAAGUGUGAGAAUUGGAGAGGAAAUGGGUAUGUUACAGUUAUAGACAUUUGAUGCCCUGUAGAUGAGAUUUUUUAAUUAAAAAAAAUAAUUUUUCACAAGCACAAUGUUAGUGUCCGCUUUACUUCGGAGAUUUUGAUAUAUUUUACUUAGAUAUCGUUCAACCAUUUUAGACACGUUUAGAAGUUGAAUCAACAUGACGAACUAAGAAAAGUUUCGUAUCAAUCAAUGCGUGUCCAAUGUUUUGUUAAUCUACCUAGCUCCGUUGAGUUCGCAACGUAUGUCUGGUUGUCCUGUUUAAAAUUUUAUAUAUUCCUACUAUCUUUUAUUUUAUUUAUAUAAAUCGCAAGUUUUCAAUUCCUUUCCCCUUUUUUUUAGCGUGGUAUACACCAAUUGUUGGACUCUCAUGCAGCCUCGUAAUAUAUUUCUGGGCAUGCGCGCUCGCCUACUAUUCGAAGCCUUGA